CGACCGAUCACCCCUUCUCCCUCACGGACGGAUCACACAUCCAGCGAGUGUUUGGUUGUGUGUGUGUGGGUGUGUGUGUGUAUGUGUUGUGUGCUGUGGUGUGUGUGUGUGUGUGUGGUGUGGUGUGUGUGUGUGUGCAGUGCGGUGUGUGUGUGUGUGUGCCGAGAGAGAGAGAGAGAGAGAGAGAGAGAGAGAGAGAGAGAGAGAGAGAGAGAGAGAGAGAGAGAAAGCAUGUUUCUUUUGCCAAUCCAUCGACACAAUGAAUCGACCAUUGUCGCCUGAUCGACAGAUCUAAUUGUUUGACCGAUCACGAGGGCAUAAGACCUGUCCAGGGAGUUCGCGAUCGCGACGGACAAGUGCAGUCGUGGUCCAGUGGAGACCUGCCGGACUGACUGGUCGAACACCUAAGACUCGUACGUGACGGUAUCUCCGUCCUCCUCCUCCUCCUCCUCCUCCUCCUCCUCUUCCCUCCUCCCUCCUCCCUCCUCCCUCUUCUUCUUCUUCUUCUUCUUCUUCUUCUUCUUCUUCUUCUUCUGGCGGAUUGUCCACCAUGAUUUCGAUCACGAGGGCCGUUCUCGUUCUGACUCUGGCGUGUAUGGCUGCCACGACGGCGGCCCAGCCGUCGGAGGCGUUCUCCAUGACCCCUUCCGACCUGCCCCAAUUCCUUUACAUGCACCCGAUCCCGACCGCGCGCGUCAAGCUCUACUACACUCCUCAUUCGCCAAUGAGGAGUAAGGUUCUCUUCGGGAUCGCAGUACCUAGAGGAGGGUGGGUCGGGAUCGGGUGGUCUCGGGAUUGCCGCAUGAACGGGUCGGACGCUGUGAUCGGCGGAAUCGGUUCGGAGACCGCCCCUCCCGCCACGUACAGUCUCACCACCAACGCGACUCCAGAUCCCGCUCUUCAGGCCUUCGUCACCAGCUUCAACGUGAGCACGAUGCCCGAUCAGCUCUCCACUCUGCUGACCGUCGAUCGAUCCGUCGGCGGCGGACGAGUGGCUCUCACCGGCCCAUCCGUCUGUCUCAUCUGGGCGUACAGCGACUCUACCGACCGGGGCUAUCAUGGACCUCAGAGAAGAGGAGGGGUUCCCAUCACCAUACCAGCUAUUGGGGGGCGCAAUGGCAGCGGCGGCGAUGUCGGCGAUGGUCGGGGAGUGGCUUCAAUGGCGGGAGUGGCUCCAGCAAGCAAGGCGUCUCCUUCGAUUUCACCGUCGCCGUCGUCUCUUUCAUCUCCUUCAUCGCCUUCAUCGCCUUCAUCGCCGUCAUCGCUAGAGACCCCAGGGAUCGCAGCUCCCGGGUCUGAGGGCCCAACAUCGGGCCCAGCUGGGAUCGGGACGCCAGAUCAGUCCACUUCAGUGGCAGGCUCCAAUGCGGCCACGCAAGGAGGACCUCAAGCCGUACAACAAAGUGGAAAAACAAGCGCGGGAAAUCCGAACAGGAGGAGGAUUGGACACGUGGAGGCUGCGACCAGAGUCGUUCUGGCGAUGAUCGUCACCGUUGCCACGUUGAGAAGUUGUCUGUUUGAAUGAUUACAUUGCGGGCGUAUGUAGGACAAGGAUCGGGACAGACAGAGUAGUUACGAACCUGCCGGUGGUACGCACAGAACGCACAUAGUAUGCACACAGUACGGACAUAGUAUGCACACAGUACGGACAUAGUAAAGCAUAGUACGGACAUAGUAAAGCACAUAGUACGCAACAAAGUAUGCACAUGGGAUGCACAUAGAAUGGAUGAACGUAGCACAGAAGUUGUCUGUUUGAAUGAUCAGAUGGCCAAGGGACGAUGGUCGGACAGACAGAGAAUGUAUGAACCAAGAGUGUACUUAUGCACAGAGCACGCACAUAGUACACACGGCACAUAGUAUGUAACAACCUAGUACGCAGAAGCACGAAGAUUGCGCCCACCGCCUCGUCGCUUUUUCAUCGCUAGGAAACCGUAGAUCAGCGCACGCCAGGCUGCAUAUAUGCACUCACUCGCAGACACGCAAAAGAAAGAGAGAGAGAGAGAGAGAGAGAGAGAGAGAGAGAGAGAGAGAGAGAGAGAGAGAGAGUUGCUUUUCCUUUCUGCAGGAAGUAGUGCUUUCUGUUUUCACUGCCGAAAUUAGAAGAGGGAGGAAAACUAGACAUGAGAGAGAGAGAGAGAGAGAGAGAGAGAGAGAGAGAGAGAGAGAGAGAGAGAGAAGUUUGUGUGUUAAUUUUUUAUUUUUGCAGGACGUCGUUUGUGUUUAUGUCCUACCGUAGCAUUUAGAAAAGGGAGGAAACUCAGCAAAGGCAGAAGAAGACAUGGCCAUGGUUCAGAUUAAUUCGGUUCUGGGAGUCUCGAAUUGUUUACGUGUUCUUUUUUCUCGUGUAGCCCGAGGUCUACGGUGUUUCUUUCUGGAAAGUUAAAAAGCUAAUUCAAAGC